AUGGAAGAAAUAUAAAAAUCAUUAGAACACGAAAAUUAAGAUCUUGAGUAAUUUAUAAAAAAUAAUGGAGUAAGAAUAAAAAGUCAAACAAUUCAAAUUUGUUCAAAUAUACAAGAAGAUUCUCCGCAAAUAGAUCUUUUAUAGAAAAGAAGAUUUACUAUUAAUAGAAGGCGAAGUUUUUUUACUAUAAAAUUGCCAGUAAAUAUUAAAUAAAAUAAUAUCCCUAGUAAUUAAUCAUUUUAUUAAAAAUAUAAAAUACAUAAAAAAUUAGGAGAUGGAUCAAAUUCUAUUGUAAAAUUAUGUUCUUUAGUAGAUAAGACAGCCCUAGAAUCUAGAAAAUACUUUGCUGUGAAAGUAUUUAAAAUGGAAACAAUAAAUGAAACACUAGAAAUAUAAAGAGAGGCUUAAUUAUUAUAAAAAAUGAACCACAUAAAUAUAAUACGUUUCAAAGAAUUAAUAUACGAAAAUAAUAACAAAAAGGCAUAUUUAGUUUUGGAAUACAUUUAAGGUUCUACAUUACAAUAAUACAUCGAAAAACAUCAAAAAAUAACAGAAUCAGAGGCCUUUUUUAUUAUAAGGCAAGUAUUUGAGGCUUUAAGUUAUUUAGAAUAAUGUGAAGUGACCCAUAAUGAUAUAAAACCAGAUAAUAUAAUGUAUAAUCCAGAAACAGGAAGAGUUACAUUAAUAGACUUUUCUACAUCUCGAAAAAUAGUCAAAUAGAAUAAUUUAUAAACUAACUUAGGCACUUUGAAUUAUAAAGCACCUGAAAGACUCAAUAACUAACAUAGUAAUCCGAAAUCUGAUAUUUGGAGUACUGGAAUAGUCUUAUUUUAUUUAUUAAUUGGCUAAUUGCCUUUUUAAGAUGAUUUAAAAGGCAAAAUUUAAUAGUUAGAAUAAAUUUCCAAAUAAGUAAAUGAGGAAUUAUAGUAGCAUAUUAAAGAAUUGGCUAGUUUAAAUAAUGAAAAGGAUUAAUUAGGUCAAGUUUUAAAUAUGAAAGCAUAAGAUGUUGAAAAAACUUUAAUGAAUGAAUUAAUUAGACUAGAAGAUGAAAUGAAUAGACAUAUAACAAAUUAAUCUUCAGAAAACUUAAAAAUAUAAUCACGUAUAAGUAUUAUUAGAGCAGAUAAAGUCGUUUUGGAAGAAACAUUAGCAAAUUUAACUCAAAGAAUUACUGAUUUAGAAAUUAAUGUAGGAAUUGUUGCUGAAAAAUGA